UUCCUCCACACUGUCAGCCUCCACUGCCAUCAGAAUUAGCGCCAAUAGCUCAUGCAUGCCCUGUCUGUACUGCAGUGAGUUGUGUACCUUGGCAUGCACAAACAGCACAUCUCCAAUCAUCUUCUGCACGCGCGCCGGAUCGGAAAUAUCGCCUGGUCUGGGAAGGUCCUCGUAACGUCCUGCAUUAUCAGUGUGCGCAGCUCCUGGUCGCGAUGGUACUUUUGCCACGGGACUGUCUUCGUCCAGCGACAGCGGGUUCAUCCGCUCCCAGUCGACAUCUUUCCCUUCUGUCGCCAGUUCGCCUGGGUCGACUAUGUAUUUGGACCGCAGCUGCGAUGUAGUUUUGCCGCUCGCGGUCCAUUGCCAUUGUCCACACCUGUGGGCACUCGUCAGCGCCAAAGCUCUCUAUUGGCAGUAUGUCAAGAUAGGCACGCCACCGCAAGGACCGCAAAGGGAGUCGGGUCGAGUAGGGUAACGUGCGGAGGUUCUCGGUUGACAGCAACGUCAGCCGCUUCAGGUCUUCCCAGUCCUUUGUCAGCUUGUCCAUUCGGGCCGAAAUUCGAAGAAGAAAAAAGCACAAGCAAAAUGAAAA